AUGAGUCAAGAUACAUCCAAGCUCAAAGAAAUAUUAUUAAGGAACGGCUACGUACUCCUAGAGCAGAUAGGCGCAGGAGGGUUUGCAACAUGCUAUAAGGUUUUCGACCAGAAAUAUCAACAAGUUUUUGUCUGCAAAGUCUAUAAAUCACAAGAUGAAGUAGAAAAGGAUAAAGUAAACACCCAAAUGAAUCAAUUUUCCCAUGAAAUUGAUGCCCUCUGCAAGAUAUUCCAAACCUACAUUAUGAGAAUUUACAACUAUUUCAUUGAAGAGAACAUGUUUUUCUUAAUUCUUGAAUAUUGCCCUAACGGAUCCAUCCAAGACCUGAUCAAACACGAGGGAAGGAUUGAUCACAAACGACUUCUUCAGUACAUUUAUCAGGCCGCAUCUGCCUUACAGUACUGCCAUUCCAAGAAAUUCGCUCAUCAUGAUAUUAAACCUGCCAACUUACUUAUUGAUGAGAAUUUCAAUAUUAAACUCUCAGAUUUCGGCAUGGCUGAAAUCGGGGCUACACAAUGCGACAAAUACGGAGGCACUGUUGCAUAUUUAGCACCAGAGGUAUUCCUUAGACAACCAUAUGACCCAUUCAAGUCCGACGUUUGGAGCUUUGGAGCUACAGUCUACUUUAUGGCAAGUGGCACAGUUCCAUUUACAGGCAAUAACCAGACAGAAAUGAAGCAGCUUAUCUGCAAUGGAUGCUAUAUAAUGCCACGCAACGUAUCUCCCGAAAUUAGAACAAUUAUCAAAAAUACGCUUUUGUUAAAUCCAGAAGAGAGAUGGGAUAUGACUGAAAUCGUUGCUCAUCUUAAGUGCUUCCAGGAAACAAAAAUCUCCUCUCAUAACUCUACUUCGGUUUUAUUACUUAACAGGAAUUCAAUUGUAGGAUCAAAACGCAUUAGCCGUAUUAACAGUUAUAGAAAUUCUGCAAAACUUCCGGAACCUCAGUCAAUUUCAUCGUCAUCAGUUUCCCGCUUGUUGGAUACUUUUGCCGAAUAA